UAUAUAAAUAACCCAAGUGGGGUCGGAUGUGAAUUCUGCAGGGCUUAAUUGUGGCAGCAGGAGGCCUCUUUGGGAUCACCAAAAAUAGCAGCAUCAAUAGUGUCAGAAUUUCAGAGUGGUGAUAGCUGCUUCUCAUCCACUCCAACCAAUCUCCUCAAUAUUGGCAAGAGAGAGAGAGAGAGAUCAGAGCAGCGAGGACAAAAGAGCAAUACCCAGAUGAAGAACAAUUAACCAUUCGACAGGUUUCUUGUUUAAAGUUGCACCUCCUUUUUUUUUUCUGAACAGGAAAAAGGUUGAAAGCUAGGGAUUCAUUAAAUUUCUUGAUCAGGUGUGAAAAAGGGGAAUAGAAUGAUGAUGAAGAAUAGCAACGGAGGUGGAGGGGGAGGUGGAGGAGGACGAGGAGGAGGGGAGAUAGUACAAGUCCAAGGGGGCCACAUCCUCCGGUCCACGGGCCGGAAAGACCGGCACAGCAAGGUGUUCACGGCGAAAGGGCCGAGGGACAGGAGAGUCCGUCUCUCGGCCCACACCGCAAUCCAGUUCUACGACGUGCAGGACCGAUUGGGCUACGACCGGCCCAGCAAAGCCGUAGACUGGCUCAUAAAAAAGGCCAAGAACGCCAUCGACAAGCUCGCCGAGCUACCCCCAUGGAACCCGGUCGAUUCCACAGCAGCAGCAGGUGUAGGAGGGUCGAGCGAAAUGACCAUUUUGGAAGGGCACCAGUCAGAAUUCUCUUCCGGGUACGGAUUGCAGCUAAACCACCACCAACUGGGUGAAACCCCAGGGGCUGAUUCGUCAUUCCAGAUGAAUCAAUCAAUUCAAGACCCAAUGAAAUCAUUUUUCCCCAUGACUUCGCAAAUGAAUUUUCACACCCAAGACCUUUGCCUCUCUCUCCACUCCUCAACUGAUCAGAACCAGACCCUUUUUCACGGGUCGGGUCCGGCGCCUUUUGAGACCAACUUUCCGGAGCCGUCGUGGGACGGGGGCGGCGGAGGAACCGGAGAGAACAGAGAAGGGUACAUGUUCAAUCCGCACCAGUUCUUUUGCCAAAGCUCGAUGGAUUCAGAGAGGGGGCCCCUUCAGUCCAGUUGUUCAUCCCCUCCGGCUCAUGCCUGGAUGAAUCACCACCAAAUUCAACAGCCUUCUUCUUCGAUUUCCGGUGGCCAAUUCGCUUCCCCGAGUCUGUUGCAGUUUCAGAUUCCGCAGCAGAUUCACCGUUCCAAUGAGCCAUCCUCUGUUCCUCCCAAUUCUCACCAAUGACAACUCAUCUUAAAAAUUGGAAAUCUCCUUUCCAUCAGAGGUUACAUUCAAGAGAUAGAAAAGAUUUCAGACACUGAAUGGAUACAGUGAGGUAAACAAGAAAGGGAAAUGAUUUUUUUUUUUUUUUUUUUUGCUCGGCAAAGCAAAGCCUUUAUUGACUCGAAAGGGAUACAUCGAGAGAGCACUCAAUAAGCAACAAACGCUUACAGAAGAGAGAAAACAGAAGCCAAACAAAACAAAACAAAAGGAAGAUGAGAAAGACCAUCCAACUGAAAAUUGGAUCACAUCCACCCUCACAAAAGGAAGAUGAGAAAGGGAAAUGAUUUUUACACUCUCUCUUUUUUGUGUAUUUCUUUUAUUGUCUUUAAUGUGAAAACAUUAAUUGUAAUUUUUUUCACUAAAAAAAAAUACAAGGCAUUUGUACAACGGGGAGUAAAAAAAUUAUUACCCAAAAAAGAAACUUGCGUGUUGUUCAACUUAACGUUUGACGUUACGUUUUUGUACCCAGAAAAAAACA